AUGUCGGCUUUGUUUGCAGCCUUUGUCACCUGGCAACUCCUGGCGCAGCCUGCUUCGGCCGCGGCACCAGGUGCGCUGUCAAUUAGGGACCAGGCCGGCUUCAUCGAGUCCCGGCAUUGCGUGAGCGACGCCUUCAUCAUCUGGGACCGUGGCGGUCUCUGGAACGGCGCGUUGAAAUGCAGCAAAGACGAGUCUGGCAAGCACACCGUCGAUAUCCAGAGCGCGCAGCUGCUCUACAAUGCCUAUUGUGCUACUGCCGUGACGGCUCCGUGUGCGGGCUAUACUCCUGUACAGGUCGCAGUGACGCUUCCCACGACGGCCCCUGCGACUUUGUCCAUCUGGUCCGCAGACAACCACUUCAGCGAUGCUCGUUCAUGCGUUACCGGCGCCUUUGUCAACUGGGGUAGAGGAGGCCUUUAG